AGCCCGAUCCGCAGCCGGCGCGCAGGAGAGGGGGAUGCCGGAGAGACGCCGCCGGGGAGGAAGCAGCCCGCCGCUCGCCCGGCUGGGAUGGAGCGCCCGGUCCGCCUGAUGCAGCUGCUGCUCCUCGGCUGCUCCCUGGCUCUGCUGCUCUCGCCGCCGGCGGCGCUCGUCUGCCCGGAGCCAUGCGACUGCCAGCAGCAGCAGCACCUCCUCUGCACCAACCGCGGGCUGCGGGCAGUGCCCAAGGCCCUGGAGCCGCACGACAUCCUCACCUACAGCCUGGGGGGCAACUUCAUCGCCAACAUCUCCGCUUUCGAUUUCCACCGCCUGGUGGCGCUGCAGCGCCUGGACUUGCAGUACAACCGCAUCCGCACGCUCCACCCCAAGGCCUUCGAGCGCCUGGCGCGCCUGGAGGAGCUCUACCUGGGCAACAACCUGCUGGCCGCCUUGGCGCCCGGCACGCUCCGCCCCCUGGCCAAGCUGCGCAUCCUCUAUGUCAACGCCAAUGAGAUUAGUCACCUCAGCUCGGCUUCCUUCACGGGCCUGGGCAGUCUGGUCAAGCUGCGGCUGGACGGCAAUGCCUUGGCCACGCUGGGCGAUGCCACCUUUGCGGGGAUGGCCAACUUGGUCUACUUGCACUUGGAGGCCAACCGCAUUCGCUGGCUGAGCCGCAACGCUUUUGCCGGACUGGGCAAACUACGAUUCCUCGACUUGUCGGGCAACCAGCAGAAUUCUUUGCGCCACCCGGAUACCUUCCGGCCUAUGCGCUUGCUCAGCACCCUUCUUCUCUCUGGCAACAACAUCCAGCAGUUGGGGAAAGGGCUGUUCCAGCACUUGCCCGAUUUGACCAAGCUGUCCCUGAGCGGGAACCGCCUGGCUUGGUUGGCACCAGAGGCCUUCCUGGGGCUGGGGGCCCUCAAGGAGUUGCGCUUGGAAGGCAACUUGCUGAGCCAGCUCCCUGCCACUUUGCUGCAUCCGUUGCAUAGCCUGGAAGUGCUCGACUUGAGCCAUAACUUGCUUGUUAGCCUUCACCCAGCUGCCUUUGGCCACCUGCACAAGCUGCGGGAGCUCAGCUUGCAGGAAAACACCCUGGCCACAGUGCCUGGGGACCUUUUUGCCUCCAGCCCAGCCCUCUACCGACUGGAACUUGAUGGUAAUUCCUGGAGCUGUGAUUGCCGCCUGCGAGGCUUGAAGCGCUGGCUGGGCUCUUGGCAUUCCCAGGGACGGCUCCUGACCGUCUUUGUGCAGUGCCGCAAGCCGCUUGCUCUGGCUGGGAAAUAUCUCGAUUAUCUGGAGGAUUCCCAGCUCCUACCUCCUCCCAAUGGCUCUUGUUCUGAAGUGGCUGCCUCUCCUUCCCCAUCCCCUCACGUCAAUGUCAGCUAUGGCCCAGAUAUGGUGCAGGAGAGGCUGAGCUCUUUGCCCUCUGCCUCAACCCUGCAGCUGGCUGGUUCCCAGAAGAUGUUAGUCCUCCUGCCAGAAAGAGACAGCUGGGGGACUGAUACUAGCCCCACCAUCUCAACAUCCAGCUUGCUGCUCAGCACCAGGCCUCCUCCUCUGCCUGGUGGCGCUUGGCCCAGGCGGGCAGGGAAACACCACUUGGUCUCUUCAGUGGCUGCUGUCCCUCCGCUGGUCACUGACCCAUGUGAUUUUAAUAAGCUGUUUCUGUACAACCUGUCAGUGGAGUCAGUGAGCGCCAGUGCAGUGACUGUGCGCUGGGGGGUCCGUCCACAUCGUAGCCCUCGGUUGCUGGGGCCUGUGCGCUUCAGAAUCCUUUUCGACCGCUUUGGGGCUGCUGUCAAGUUUCAGCGUUUUGUUUAUCUCCCUGAAUGGAGUGAACCAAUAGCCAUGCUCCAGGAGCUGCGCCCUGAUACCCCUUACUUGGUCUGCGUGGAGGGCAUAAUUGGGGGCCGUGUCUGCCCAGUAGCCCCGCGGGACCAUUGUGCAGGUCUGGUCACCUUGCCUGAAGAGGAUGCCGGAGCAGCUGCUGCUGUGGCGGGUGGGGCCCGAGGCCCAGACCAGCAGUUUCUCACCCUGGUGCUGCUGGCGGUAAAUGCGCUGCUGCUCUUUCUGGCCCUGGCGGCCUGGGGCUCCCGCCUGGUGCGGAAGAGGGUGCUCAGAUGCCGUCAAAGGAAGGCAGCAUCGCCAGUACAUGUUAGGCAGAUGUACUCUACCCGUCGGCCCUUGCGCUCCAUGGGCACUGGUGUCUCUGCAGACUUCUCUGGCUUCCAGUCCCACCGUCCUCCCCGUAGCACUGUAUGUGCCUUAAGUGAGGCUGACCUCAUUGAAUUUCCUUGUGAGCGCUUCCUGGACAGUGCAGUUGGUGGAGGUAACAGCAGUGCUCGCCGUGGAGAAGAUCACCUGUUGCAGCGGUUUGCGGACUAAGAGGAGUGGCCUUAAAAUAACUACAACUUGCAGGAAUCUGUUAUGCUGGAAUCUGCUGCAUGUUGAAAUCACAGUUUAAGAAGGUCUUCUGGGAACUGUAGUCCAUAUUUGG